GCUCAACACCGCUAGAUUGCGACUUUACCAUCUAGCUCACGUCGUAGCUACCGCCAGGUACAAGCGCAUCCAGUAAACGAACUCAGGGGGAUAUCGCAAUCUCAUCUGCAAAUACUUGGCCACAAUGACGAAAAAGAGGAAGAGGUACCCAGACCUCAACCAGAAACUCGAGCGACCAUGGUGCUACUACUGCGAGCGCGACUUCGACGAUCUGAAAAUCUUGAUCUCACAUCAGAAAGCGAAGCACUUCAAAUGCGACAGAUGUGGUCGCCGUCUGAACACUGCUGGAGGCCUUUCAGUUCACAUGAAUCAAGUCCAUAAGGAAUCGCUUACACAAGUUGAAAAUGCGAUUCCCGGUAGGCAGGGCCUCGACAUCGAAAUCUUCGGUAUGGAAGGCGUUCCGCAAGAGAUCAUCGACCAGCACAACCACCAGGUUACCCUCAGGCACUUUGAGGAGGAGGCGGAGCGCGCACGGAUAUCGGGGAAUCCCAUUCGCGGUCUGCACGCGAACGGAACUGCCCAUCCAGAGAAGCGUCCCAAGGUCAAGGAGAGCAUAGAGGAUAUUGCAGCUCGGGCGGCCAAAUACAGACAGGACAGGGCGAAUGGAGUGCUGGCUGCUCCCGUGGAUAUGGCCAUGCAGGCGUCGCCACCAAAUGUCGCUCCCUUUGGCGCUCCAGUCUCCCUGACACCCCCAUUUGCACCUGGCGCUCAAGCAUAUCCUCCACCUGGCGCGCCACCUGGAGCUGCAGGCUUCCCACCAGCACAGACAUUCCCGCCAGGUGCUCCAGGUUUUGCGCAGCCUCCUUUCCCAGUUGCUCCGCCGUUUGGUGCAGGCAUCGGUCCCGUCAAUACAGGCUUACCACCACGUCCUGGGAGUAUAUCCGGGCCUCCAGGUGCCUUUCCGCCGGCGCAGGUGCCUCCCGGGCAGAUUAGCCAACCGCCUCCAUCGGCUCUUUCGGCGUCUGUUGACGAGCUCAUCUCUAGUGCGGCUGCAGCUUCGGCACCCGCUCCGGAUGCAGCGGAGAAGAAGUCAAAGAAGGACAAGAAUAUCAAGUUGAUUUACUUUGACGAGAGUGUUAGCCCUGAAGAGAAGAUGGCAAAGCUUCCGCGGUAUGCUUCGGCGGUCCGGACCUGAAGAUCUGGGUAGGUAAGCGUUUCCCCCGGUCUCCCUGUUCUUCUUACACUGGAGCUUUGCCACUCCAGUGUUUCUGCCCAACUAUGUACACGUACCUUCUGGGAUGGAUUAGGCUCUUUUUGAGGGUUUCUUCAUGAUAGGAUUGCCGGGCAAUUGGCACUUCUGCAUGCUGCCGUCACUGCAAUUGCCCCUAUUGAAGGGCUGCUGAAACUGCGAAACAAACCAUGGGGAAGUGGGUGAUGAACGCCACAUGAUGUCCCUGCAAAAAGCGGAGGGAACCUUGGAAAGCAUUCCAUGACUGCGUCUCUGAACACCGUUCGCGUAUCGAUCAGUGGUGGCUCUUACAGUUAGGCACCCAAUCAUACCCAGACGAGACAUCAUGUAUACUAUACCAAUAAAUAAUCCCUGACGAUUCAUCAGGUGCAGGGUAUAUACAAAAUGAACAGA